AUGAGACCUUUAGCAGAUAUCUAUGAGACUUGCAACUUAAUGAUUAUGGAGCCAGAAAGCUUUGAAGCUUCUCAAAACAAAGAGAAGAGCAAAAGUGAGCCAACACUCUACAUCAAGACUCAAGGUACGAGUGACACACUUGUUGUCUCUCUAUAUGUUGAUGAUCUCAUCUAUACAUGCAACAAUAAGGAGAUGAUCAAGAAAUUCAAAGAAGACAUGAUGAAUAGUUUCGAGAUGAAUGAUUUGGGCUUAAUGCACUACUUUCUCAGGAUUGAAAUAACUCAAAAAGAAGAUGGGAUCUUCAUUGCACAAAAGAAGUAUACAAAGACACUAUUGAAGAAGUUCAAAAUGGAGGGAUGUAAGACAGUAUUAACUCCAGUAGACAAUAACAAACCUCUCAAGAAAGAGGACGGCUCACCAAAAGCAGAUGAAUCGAAGUGUAGAAGUUUAAUUGGCAGCUUACUCUAUCUGACAGCUACAAGACCAGGCAUUAUGUAUGUAGUCAGUCUCCUAUCAAGAUUUAUGCACGGUCCAAGUGAAGUUCACUACGGAGCAUCCAAGAGAGUCCUUAGAUACUUGCAAGGGACAAAGAACUACGGAAUAUGGUAUGGAGUCAUGCAAUAG